UGCUACCACAAUUCUAGAAUAGAGGCUCGGUCAACCAUGCUGUCGGCGCAACGAUCGGGAAACGCAGCUUCGAGCGAACUCGCUUUCUAUGCUACUAGCAGGAAACGUGCUCCCCAACGUGGCCGCCGGAACAAGAAACAACAAGAGGGUCCAUUGAAAAGCCAAGGAAAGCUUCUUCACAUCGUGGCGAAGUUUUGGGGGUCCUUCGGAGCUCGUGCCGUCGUCAUUCUUGGCGUUUGCGCAGAACAUCACCCACAACACGUUCCGUCAACACACGCCCUUCUUCAAGGAUCAUCUCGGGCUCUUGCAAGCAGUAGCGAUUGACCCAAAGUCUGUAAAAUGAGAUGGUAAGCUUGUUCCCCCAAGGCACCAAAGACAUCGACACCACCAAGACCAACACCCCCGGCCGUCAACCCUGGUUCCCCGACUUACACCGGCAGCGAGCAGCCAAUCAGAAGCGCCAAUUCACCCACGGGGUCGGACCCAACGGCCACGGUCAACUCUCGUCUCUUCCCGGCAACACAAACCUCUCGACCGACUACAACCCGGCCGGGAUUGACGAAUAGCAACGAGGUUCUCAAUCAGGUUCGGGAAGCUGAGCAAGCUUAGAAAGCUCAUGAUCCCUUCUCGACCUGCAGCGCCAAGCCAACGCCACAUGACGCCGUUCAUCUCUUGUGUCUUCUGGCAACCCACCCCACGCAGCGUUCGCAGGCUUCAUCCCCAAUCCGCAGACCGAGCACGCCCAGCUUCCAGCUUCGGAGCUUCUUCCUUCUUUCUUGCUCCAGGGCCUAGCAUGAUUAGCAUCAUCUCCGCUUCGCCGUCAAAUAACAAGUGUCUUGGCGUUGGGAAGCCCGAGAUGGCCCCGACUCACCACCUCAAAGUUCGCGCAGAGACACGUGCCUCUGUCGCUCAAAACGAGCCGUGAAGUUACAUUCAGCUUCCUCCAUCCGACCCAGCACGCCGUCAUGAUCUCGGUCUAGCCGUCCUUCUGCCCCUGUGCUGUCCAAUCGUACAUCGAUAUCGAUGCUCUCGGUGCAGACGGAAUCCUGCCCAUUACGUUGGACUAACGUUCUGCGCAGGCUGGGAUGAUGCGCCGCGCAACCUGCAGCUCUCUCGCCCGGAGCUGUCUUCAAAGUAUGGGACCCGCGAACGCGAGGCUCCGCGAACCGACAGAGUGUUUUUGUCAUUUUGUCAUGCAGUAGACAGGGAACUUUUGGCGGGGGAAUUAGCCUUCCCACCUCUCAGGAGACAUGGGAUGACUUUGGUCCCCUUGCUGAACUUAUUGGUAUAUAAGCUCCCGAGCCGCAGGAAAGCUUCUGCUCCAACGUCCCGGUCAAGCUUGUUGUGCCCUUCUUCUCAUCCCACGCUUCAUUGUGCUCUUUUUGGCUUCACUCUGCAGCCAAAUUCACCCUGAGGAAACCACAAAGAUGGUCAAGCUCAACCCCCUCGCCGCCGUCCUGGCCGCGGCCUCGCUGUCGUCUCUCGCCUCGGCGCAGACCUACCAGCGCCUCGGGACGUGCCCGGACCUCGGCUGCGUCCUCCCGCCCGACCAGUCCGACUUCCUCCCCGGCCAGACCUUUGACCUCCGCGUCGAGAUCCACGCGCCCGUCAACGGCUCCGAGGCCUUCAACAACGGCGUCCCCGACGAGGGCUUCAAGGCGACCAUUGCCAAGGAGGGCGGCGCCGCAAAGAGCCUGACCGAGUUCUUUGGUCUCGAGGAGCCCAAGCUCGAGAAGUGGUCGUUUGGGUGGUACGAGGACCUCUUCGCCGAGGACGCCAAGCAGAAGAGCGUCGUCAACGUGGCGUCCAAGAUUUGGCGCCGCCUCGCGCUGUACGAGCCCGGCAACUACGUCGUCACCCUCACGUACUACGACGGCAAGAAGACCACCGCCAACUGGGUCGUGCGACCCCUGGCGACGGAGAAGAAGGCCAAGAACGUCAUCUUCUUCAUUGGCGACGGAAUGACCACCAACAUGGUCACUGCCGCCCGUCUUCUCGGUCACAAGAGCAUCAAUGGAAAGUACCAGACCAGCCUGGCUCUCGACAAGUUCCCCGUCAUUGGUCACCAGAUGACCCAUUCCAUCGACAGCUACAUCACCGACUCUGCCAACUCGGCGUCGGCGCUGUACUCUGGCCACAAGAGCACCGUGAACGCCAUGGGUGUCUACGUCGACUCUUCCCCCGACGCCUUUGACGACCCCAAGGUCGAGACCAUUGUCGAGCUGAUCCACCGUAUCUGGGGCUCCGCCUGGGGCGCCGUCUCCACGGCCUUCAUCGCCGACGCGACCCCCAUCGCCCUGACGGCGCACACCCGCGCCCGGUCCCUGUACGGGCCCCUGAUCGACCAGGCCCUCAACGGCAUCACAAACUACACCUGGACGAAGAUGACCGGCCCGGACGUCUACCUCGGCGGCGGCGCCGAGCAGUUCUACCCGGGCAAGGGCUCCUACCAGGGCAAGGACUACUACGCCGCCUUCGCCGACAAGGGCUACAGCGUCGCCCUCAACAAGACGUCGCUCGAGGCCGCCGACCCCAACGAGCGCAUCCUCGGCAUCUUCACCCAGGGCAACCUCCCCGUCUGGCUCGAUCGCAAUGUCUUGACGGAGAACCUGGCCAAGCUGAGCAACGAUCCCACGGGCAACAAGAGCGCCGCCGCCGACGUCCCCGGGCUCAAGGAGAUGACGCUCAAGGCCGUCGAGACGCUGCACAACCGCGGCGGCGAGCGCGGCUUCUUCCUCAUGUCCGAGGCCGCGUCCAUCGACAAGCAGAUGCACGCCCUCGACUACGACCGCGCGCUGGGCGACCUGCUCGAGCUCGACGACACCGUCAAGGCCACGCUGGAGAAGCUCGAGGAGCUCGGCAUUCUCGACGAGACCCUCGUCGUCGUGUCGUCCGACCACGGCCACGGUUUUGACGUCUUUGGCAACGCCGACACAAAGUACCUCGCCGAGCAGAAAGACGACCGCACAAAGCGCAAGGCAGUCGGCGUCUACGCCAACUCGGGCCUGUCGCAGUACACCGUCGAGCAGCCCGGCGUCUCGUACAACACGGGGCCCAACUUCCCGCUCAACUGGUCCCCGCGCUACGCCAUCGCCGCGGGCUUCGGCGCCAACCCGGACCGCCGCGAGGACUACAAGGUCCACGCCGACGGCGCGCGCACGCCCGCCGUUGCGGCGACCAACACGACGGACUACUACGCCAACCCCAAGGACGCCGUCGACGGCUUCGUGGUGAAUGGCACGCUGCCCACGAACGAGGCGCAGGGCGUGCACUCGCUGACGGACGUUGCUGUCUGGGCGAGGGGACCUUGCCAGGAGACCUUUGGCGGGACGUACAGCAACAUUGAUGUUUUCUACAAGAUGGCGAAUUGUCUUGGUCUCGCGCAGCCGAGGAAUGCGACGGCGCCCGGGGCUGGGUGUGCGAGGAAGGCUCGGGCUCUUCACGCUUGAAGUUGAAAAGGGGUUGAAUGGGUUUUGAGACUUUGAUAUAGCAUGGCGAGCGGGUGUUGGGGCGGUUGAUGUUUGGGCGUGGGAUGGCAUAUCUGGAGAUGCUCUCCCGUAAUGAACUCGGUGAUGAAGUAUAGAAUUAAUACUACGUUGGUCAAGAGCACUCUCCAUACUUAACGCCAGGCCCAGGAGUCUGAACUGCUGGUUGCUGCUGUGGUGUUUGUAGACAUGGACAGCCGGACGGACGCACGGAAACGCUCCCUCUCCGCUCGUCGCUGUGUAAGUCACCCAUGAACUUGUUUGAAAGCCCGUCGCAAAGCCAUUUUCAUGUACGAAGUUUCGCACCGUUCUCUGACGUCAAAAGCACCGUAGAAGGCUCGUACUACGUCGAGAGUAUAGUCUUGUGAAGUUGUUCAUGCAUCGCCGCCCCCAACAUCAAGUCGACGAGAUUGUGCACGUUACUUCCGGA